UUUUUUUUCACAAGAUUGCAAUGAACUUGUUUUGGUUACGUACGUGGGUGGGUUUGACAGGGUUAGCAGGGUUAGGUGCCGCUAUCGGUGCUUGGUGGAACCCAUCUUCACCAAUAGACACUAUUUAUAGAAACAUAUCACCGGAAAUGGCAGCACCUCUGUCUCGCUUGUAUGCCACUUGGUUGUUGUUAUCUACCAUCAUCCGGUGCACGUUUGUGGUUUCCGAGUUUCACGUGUCACUAGCAGUAGUGACGAUGGCCACUUAUGUCGUAGCAUGGGUCCAUUUCUCGAGUGAAAUAUUUAUUUACCAUACUGUGCCGUUGAAACCGGGUGGUCAAGCACCGUUGUGGGUUGCGUCCUUUUCGAUGGGUUGGUUAUUGUGGUGUUUGAUACAAUAUCGUAGAAAGAAGAAAUAGGUAUGAAGUGAUUGGGAUUGAGAGUGUUUAGUAGUAAGUAGUAGCACAUACAGAGGAUGCAAAACACACACAUAAAUACAUAUAUAUAUAUAUAUGUAUACAUACCAUGCUAAGACUGAAAGUUGGUGUGGAAUGGUAGAAAUAGAGCUGAUGAUGUGUUGGCUACUUCA